AUGCCACCGGCCAAGCAAUCUUUGGAAGAUGCACUUGUAGAACUGGGGGAGGACGUCAGAUCCUACGAUUCCUGUAUGAGGGCAACGGAGCACCACAAAGUGUGGGCCGAAGACACAGGUGACCAUUCAGCCACAAUCAACAGGACACUGAAGGAGCUGAGGUGGUCACAAUUAAUAAUCGACGGCACAAUCAAUCAGGCCAUCUUCGGCGGAGUGGCGCAAGCCCAACAGUACAACGCCACCCUCUUCUUGAUAGUGGACGAUCUUCGGUUCAGGGACUGGUUCCGAGGCUAUGGCUCGAGCGCCUUCACCAUCUGGUCCAAGAAUGAGCAGCUCUGGACUCCUUUGAGCUAUAUGUUGGCACUAAUGGCCAAGAAAAUGCCCGUCAUGCUCUACGAUGUCAAUCCGAUAAUAUGCGUUUGUAGAUCAUUUGACAGAGGACAUUCCUGGUUCAGGGAGAUGACAAGAUCGAUCAUCUCCCAGCUGAUCAUGCAGAAUGUCGACAACAACAGCCUGGUGCCGAGCUUUCAUCAGGGCUUAUGGGAUAUCAUCCGCGCCAACAACAGGCAUACGCGUGGCCUUUGCAACGUCUUCGAGGGUCUUGUCCCGAAAUUGCGUGCCGGUACCAUUGUGUGCAUCGUCGAUAGUGUUGACUUUGUCGUGCGGAAUUAUCAGGGUUGCGCCCAAGAAAUCAUGGCGAUGCUCAACCGGCUCGUGCUACGGGUGGAAGAGAUGAGACGGGCAGGACAAACCACCCUCAGCUUCAAGGUGUUGGUGACAAGCUAUGGAAGCAGUGUAGAUCCCGCAUCCUUCUUCCCAGACCAACAUCAUCUGGAGAUUGUAGAACGGCCGGAGCAGCUCCCGAUUGAGUCCAAGUUCGCCCUUCAUUACUAUUAG